AGAUCCAUGCACACUAUAAACCUUCCUUAAACAAACUUUUAGAAGGGAUGAGGCUAGAAGAUGAUCAUCUGAAGAUAAAAUAAAGAGACUGAGAACACGAUCAUGUCCACCACUGACAGCACAGUGUCUGUUGUUCACAAUCCUGCUCGCAGGAGAAGACACAGCAAAGAAUAUGAUCCUCCUAACAUGAGGAUUGUUCUGCUGGGUAAAGAUGUGUCAACAAACAGUCGAGUGGGAAACUUCAUGUUGGGAAGAUCAGCGUUUGAUAGUGAAGCUCCUCCAGAUGAUCAUCAGAUUGAGAGAGUCAGAGGAAAAGACAUGAUGAUCAUCAACUGUCCUCAUCUGCUCCAGCUGAACCUCUCAUAUCAUCAGAUCAUACAGACAGUGAGAGAGUGUGUAGAUCUGUCUCAUCCAGGACCUCAUCUCAUCCUUCUGAUCUUUAAACCUGAUGAGUGUUCAAGAGAAGAUCAAGAACAUCUGGAGAUCAUCCUCAACUAUUUCUCUGAUAGUGUUUAUGAACACACACUGGUGCUCACAACACACGACUCACACAAUGAUCAUCAGACUGAAGUCAAUGACAACAUACAGAAAAUCAUUAAAAAAUCCUUUAACAGACACUACAGACUGAAGAAAAACUGCACUGCCUCUCAACUUAUUGUGACUUUUAGAGACAUUAUCAAAUCAAAUGAUGGACGUUAUCUGAUCUGUAAUGAAUAUAAAGAUUCACAGAGUUUUACAGUGAAGCAGCAGACAGAUGAAAGAGAUCUUCCAGAGAUGAGAGAUGAAGUGAGGAUUGUGCUGCUGGGUAAAACUGGAGUUGGGAAGAGUGCCACAGGAAACACAAUCUUAAAAAGACAAGCGUUUAUAUCUGAUGAAUCUUUUGAAUCAGUGACCAGCGAAUGUCAGAAACAAACAGCUGAAAUCAACAACAGAUUAAUCACUGUGAUCGACACUCCAGGACUGUUUGAUACUGAACGCAGUCAUGACGAGAUCAAGAGAGAAAUGAUGAACUGUAUCUCAAUGAUUCUGCCAGGACCUCAUGUGUUUCUUUUACUGGUUCCACUGGGACGAUUUACACAAGAGGAAGCAGAAUCAGUGAAGAUCAUUCAAGAGAUGUUUGGUGAAAACUCUUUAAUGUACACAAUGGUGCUCUUCACCAGAGGAGAUCAACUGAGAAACAAAACUAUUGAAGAGUGUUUAGGAAAACCUGGAUCUGUGAUUAGAAACCUGCUAGAAGAGUGUGGAAACAGAUAUCAUGUGUUCAAUAAUAAUCUGACUGAAGAUCAAACACAAGUUUCUCUUCUACUGGAGAAAAUAGAUCACAUGGUGAAAGCAAACGGAGGAAGUUACUACUCAUCUAAGAUAUUCAGAGAGAUGGAACGAGAAAAACAACAACAACAAAUGAAGAAACUGAUGGAGAGAAUUGAAGAACUGAGCCAAGAGAAAGAGGAGCAAGAGAGACAGAUGAGAGAUGAGAUGAGAAAAGAACGAGAAGAACAUGAGAGACAGAAACGAGAAGAGAAUGAGAAAAUAAGAGAAAGAGAGAGAGAAAUGUGGGCUGAAUAUAAUCAGAGACUUAAACAAGAGAGAGAGGAAAGGCAGAAAGAGAAUGAGAAGAUCAGACAAGAGAAAGAGAAAAUAGAAAGAGAGAAAGAAGAUCUUCAGCUGAGACAUGAAGGAGAAAUAAAGAGAUUAAGAGACCACAUAAAUGAAGAAAAACUGAAUCAAGACAAAGAGAAGAAGAAAAAAGAAGAAGAAUUCAGACAAAGAGAAGAAGCAUACAAGAAAGAAAUAAAAGAGAAAGAUGAACAUGUGAGAGAGAUGAACGAUGAUAUAAGAAGAGAACGAGAGACAUUAAAAAAUGAAAUAGAGGAAGUGAAGAAAGAAAAUAAAGAUCUCCAGAUGAAAUAUGAGACACAAACAGACAAACUGAUGAAUGCAAUAGAGAAUCAUGAGAGAGAGAGAAAGAGAAGAGAAGAUGAGUUUAGAGAGAGAGAAGAGAGAUAUAAAAGAGAAAUAAAAGAGAAAGAGGAGCAAGAGAGACAGAUGAGAGAUGAGAUGAGAAGAGAACGAGAGGAACAUGAGAGACAAAGACAAGAGGAGAGACAGAGAAGAGAAGAAGAUGAGAAAGAGAAACAGAUUUAUGUUGAACAGUGUGAGAGACUCAAGAAUGAAAUGAAUGAAAUCAUGAAAGAGAAAGAAAGAAUAGAAAGAGAGAAAGAAGAUCUUCAGCUGAAACAUGAAGAAGAAAUAGAGAGAUUAACAAAACAAACAGAGGAAGAAAAACUGAAUCAAGACAAGGAAAAGAACAAAAGAGAGGAAGAAUUCAGACAAAGAGAAGAAGAAUACAAGACAGAAAUUAAAGAGAAAGAUGAACAUGUGAGAGAGAUGAACGAUGAUAUAAGAAGAGAACGAGAGACAUUAAAAAAUGAAAUAGAUGAACUGAAGAAAGAAAAUAAAGAUCUCCUGAUGAAAUAUGAGACACAAACAGACAAACUGAUGAAUGCAAUAGAGAAUCAUGAGAGAGAGAGAAAGAGAAGAGAAGAUGAGUUUAGAGAGAGAGAAGAGAGAUAUAAAAGAGAAAUACAAGAGAAAGAGGAGCAAGAGAGACAGAUGAGAAAAGAAAGAGAGGAACAUGAGAGACAAAGACAAGAGGAGAGACAGAGAAGAGAAGAAGAUGAGAAAGAGAAACAGAUUUGUGUUGAACAGUGUGAGAAACUCAAGAAUGAAAUGAAUGAAAUCAUGAAAGAGAAAGAGAGAAUAGAAAGAGAGAAAGAGAAAAUAGAAAGAGAGAAAGAAGAUCAACUAGAAGAGUUUGAGAAGAGAAUACAGGAGGAGAGAAACAUGAGAGAAGAACAAGAAAAGAGCUAUGAAGAUAAACUGAAACUCAUGAAAGAAGAGAAUGAAGAUGAACUAAAUAGAAGAACAACAGAGAUGAUGGAGGAAUAUGAAAGAGAGAAAGAAGAAAUGAAGAAGAUUUCCUCUCAGUCAGUACAGGACUUUGAAACAGCAGGAAUCAGACCAGAUGAACAUCUACAACAAGAUAAGACUGAACAAAUACAACAUCUGUUUCACAAGCUUCAUCUUACAGACAAACAUCAUAAUAAACUGAGAGCUUCAGAUGUUCUUCAGAUAUCUACACAUUCAUUACAGUCUCAUGAGUCUUGUGCUGAAGAAGAGCUGGUGAAGAUUUAUCUACAGAAACUACUGAUGAUGAACUACAGAGCAAGAUACAUUAAAACUAAAGACACCAAUGAACAACAUCACACACAACAAACAGACUCACUUGAGGAGGAGGAUUUUUUUGAAGAAAUGUCUUUGUCUAGUAGAGGAACAAGUAAAUCAGACCCAGUUCACCCGAUGGAUAUUCAGAUGUCUGUGUUUCAUUGUGCUGAUAGUUUCCUAAAGCAGCUGAUGGUCACUAAACUCUCACAGUGUCAGUUUGCUCUUCCUCUUCUUGUUCCUCAUCCAUUCACACAACAGAUUGAGUUUCCUCUCUGGACAUUCAGACAAAUCAACAAGAGCUGGAAGAUGAGAAAUACUAACAAUGACAUCAUCAGUAAAGAAGAGCCAGUUUACAAAGCAGAAACUCCAAUGGUGUCGUUCUUCAGGUUUGGUUCUGUGUCUUCAUCCAAGUCUCAGCUGAUGAACAAUCUGAUCAAUGAGAAACACAACACGUUCUUCCACAGGAACUGUCCAGGAAGCAGCAGAACCAGACUACUGAUGGAUGGAGUGGUGGAGAUCGCCUGGUUCUGCCCAUCUGGAAAAAACACAGAUAAAUUUAAUGACUGUGUUGCCUUCUGUAAUCUUCAUGGUGAUGCAGGAGUCCAUGAGAAACAACUGCAGAUUCUGACUGAAAUGUCUUCAGUCAAUGUUGUUCUUCUACCAAAACUUGACAAGAAUGACAGAAACGCAACAAAGAUUCAAACGCUGUACAGUGACAAAAAGCCACUUAUUUGUCUUUUUACUGAAGAUGAAUCUGCUGUCACUGAGAUCAGGAGAGGAAAAUAUAAAAUUGGUUUGAAAGACAGAAAUCAGUCAGAUGUAUCUGAAGAACUCAGAAGAGCUAUAAAUGAUUGUCUCUCAUCUUCAGCAUCAGCUUACAUGUUCAGACUUAAAGAUUUGUCCAAACACUCAGAUAUCAGAGUAGAUGAGGAAGAUGAUGAAGACUGCAGGAGAGGAAGAGAAGCAGCACAGCAGAUGAUGAGUUUACUGAAGAAUAAAGAUCUGAGAGAAAUCAAAGAAUCAUUUCUGCCCUGUCAGGGGAAACUCUGGCAUCUGUGGUGUCAAAAGAACAAAGAACUUCGUCGACCUCGAGGGGAUGAGACAGAACAAGAAAUAAGCAGAAAACAAACAGAAAUGAGGAAAAUUAGAGAACAGCAACACAAAUUUUACAUAAGUGAGUUUAUAAAGUUGUUUAUAACACAAAUUGACUCACAUAAUCCAAAUAAAAUGUUUUUCCUCAAAUGGCUCAGAAUAUUCCUGGAUGAAUUUACCAAAGCUGAUCUUUCUGCUCUACAUUACAAAUAUAAUGACAAGUGGUCAACAGUUUUAAAACUAAAAGACAAAAAUAAAUCUGAACAACUCAAAGCUGAACAAACUGAACUUGAGCAAAUAUCUGAAGAUCUUCAAGCAUCAAACUUUGGUUUGGAGCACAUCAUGAGAGAGAUCGGUCAGAUCUAUGAAUCAUGUUCAUCUGUGAAGAAGAUUAAGACAGAUCUUCAGUUUAACUUCUCUUCUCUCCCGAGUCUUGCAGCAGAGAUGAUGAUCAGUGGAUUUCCACUUGAGCUGAUGGAUGGAGAUGCUGCUCAUGUUCCUCUGAUCUGGAUCAAUGCUGUUCUAGAUAAACUCAUACAGAAACUAGGAGACCAGAGAGUCUUUGUACUGUCAGUUUUAGGGAUAAGGAGCUCUGGGAAAUCCACCAUGCUCAAUGCCAUGUUUGGACUUCAGUGUGCAGUCAGUGCUGGUCGAUGCACCAGAGGAGCUUUCAUGCAGCUGAUCAGAGUAUCAGAGGAGAUGAAACAACAGCUGAAGUUUGAUUAUAUUCUGGUUGUUGAUACUGAGGGUCUUCGAGCUCUAGAACUGACUGGAAGAUCCACAAGACAUCAUGACAAUGAACUGGCCACAUUUGUUGUUGGUCUUGGUAAUCUGACAUUGAUCAACAUCUUUGGAGAAAACCCAGCUGAGAUGCAGGAUAUUCUUCAGAUUGUAGUUCAGGCCUUUCUGAGGAUGAAGAAGGUCAGACUGAAUCCCAGCUGUAUGUUUGUACAUCAGAACGUUUCAGACGUCACAGCUGGAGAGAACAACAUGGAGGGAAGAAGACGACUGCUGAAGACACUGGAUGAGAUGACAAAACUCGCUGCUAAAGAGGAAGACUCUGAUGCUGAAUGUUUCAGUGAUGUCAUUAAUUUUGAUGUACAGAAUGAUGUGAAGUAUUUUCCUCAGCUGUGGGAGGGAAGCCCACCAAUGGCACCACCAAACCCAAACUACUGUGAAAAUAUUCAAGAACUAAAGAAAACUAUUAUUUCACAAGCCUCAAGAUCAGAUGGUAUGAAACUGACACACCUGCGUGAGAGAAUUAAAGAUCUCUGGGAGGGUUUACUGUAUGAAGGAUUUGUGUUCAGCUUCAGAAAUUCUCUGGAGAUUUCAGCAUACAGGAGACUGGAGACAGAAUACAGUAAGUGGACCUGGACUCUACGCAGUGCCAUGCUGGAAAUUGAGAACAAACUACAAAACAAAAUAGAAGAUAAAUCAAUUCAUGAGAUUAAGGAAAGAGAUCUUCAGAGAGAACUAAAGAAGACAAGUGAAGAAGUGAAAAACUCAAUGUCUGAUUUCUUUGAUAAAGACACAGAUAGAGAUAUACUGAUUCAGUGGAAAAAAACAUUUGAAAUAAAAAUCAGAGAGCUACAGGAAAGCAUUAUAAGAAAAACAAAGAGAAAAUUAAAUGUGAUUCUUCAGCAGCGAGAUCUGAAGAGAAAGAUUGAUGCUCAGAGAACACAACAUGAAAACAUUCUCUUAGAAAAGAGCAAAGAACUUGCAUUAAAACUCAAAGACAAAAAAAAUGAUGAAGAAAUACUGAAGAAAGAGUUUGAUCUGUUUUGGAAAGAGUGUGUGAAAAAGAUCAUCAGAGAUUCUCCUCCAAUGGAAGACAUUAACAUACUGAGAGAUGUGAAAGAGAUCCUCAGUGACAUCUAUAAAAGUCUCCCUGUAGACACCUGGAAGGAGAGUAGAGAUAUUUUUACUGUGCAGAGUUUUUCAGAUUAUGUACAGUUAAAGAGAUCCAGAGGAAUUACAGCACAUGUUAAACAUGUUUACAAAGCAGCUAAAGAGAAAAGAGAAGUUUGUGUUUGUGUCUGUUCUGUCUAA